AAAUAGAAUGGCCUCUAUAUAUAUAUGCAUAUAAAUAUGUCGCAUUUUACAUCUUCACUUCCUCUGUAAAACCCUAACAAUUCCAAAUCCCUCGUUUUUCUAUUUUCGUUCCCUCUCCAUAGAAAUCGAGCUUUUUCUCUAUCUCAAGAUUCCGAUCGUUGGUGAGCGAUCGAUCCAGUUCAAUCACUUGAGCGAGGUGCGGGGGGGCAUUUUCUGGGAAAUCGUUGUGCGGAGAAAAAGAUCUGGAUUUUGUGCUAGGGUUUCCUUCGGAUCGUCAAGGCUGGCGGGGGUGGGGGGAAAGUAAUGGCGGAUCUGCCACGUGUCCGCCUUAUCGACUGUGUCGAAGUUGAGGAGAGAUCGCUAGGGUUACAGUGCCGCGAAAUUUUUUCCAAGGGGAAGGUGUCAUCGAAAAAGUGGGAGGAACCAUGCUGAGCGUGCUUCGCGUUCACCUGCCAUCCGAUAUUCCGAUCGUUGGUUGUGAGCUCACGCCGUACGUGCUUCUCCGCCGGCCGGACAAGAACCUUACAACCGAGGAUGUGCCGGAGUCUGCCCCAAUCGAAGGCCACUUUUUGAGGUAUAAGUGGUAUCGUAUACAAAGCGAUAGAAAAGUAGCUGUCUGUAGUGUACAUCCAUCUGAGCAUGCCACUUUGCAGUGCUUAGGUUGUGUGAAGGCCAAAAUACCUGUUGCCAAAAGUUACCAUUGCUCUCCUAAGUGCUUCUCGGAUGCAUGGCAGCAUCAUCGUGUUUUACAUGAUCGGGCUGCUAGUGCUGUAAAUGAAAAUGGGAAUGAAGAGGAAGAGUUAUUUGGCCGCUUCAAUAGUACCGGAUCUGGAAGUAUCAAUACUAGUUUAGCUCCUUCUGCAUCAAGUGCUAGCUUGGCGAAUGGUUCAGCACCUUUAUAUCCUGCUGCAGUUACUCAGAGAAGUGGUGGGGAAACUUGGUUUGAAGUUGGACGCUCUAAAACCUAUACACCAACAGCCGAUGAUAUUGGCCAUGUUCUCAAAUUUGAGUGUGUUGUGGUAGAUGCAGAAACAAAACUGACCGUUGGACAUGGCAGCAAUAUACUAACUUCCCGAGUCAUUCCAGCUCCCUCACCUACUCCUCGUCACUUGAUCUCAGUCAGUGGAGUUGAUAUGGUGGGGCAUUUGGAUUCAGAUGGCCGUAUAUCAUCUGCAGGAACCUUUACUGUGCUCUCAUACAACAUUUUGUCUGAUGUGUUUGCCACCAGUGAAUUAUACAGUUACUGCCCCUCAUGGGCUCUUUCUUGGCCUUACCGCAAGCAGAAUUUAUUACGGGAAAUAGUUGGAUAUCGUGCUGACAUUGUCUGUCUGCAAGAGAUUCAAAGUGAUCAUUUUGAGGAAUUUUUUGCCCCAGAGCUGGACAAACAUGGAUAUCAAGCACUUUACAAGAGAAAAACAAACGAGGUUUACACUGGUAAUAUCCAUACAAUUGAUGGCUGUGCAACAUUUUUUCGCAGGGAUAGAUUUUCACAUGUCAAAAAAUAUGAGGUUGAAUUUAAUAAGGCUGCCCAGUCUUUGACGGACGCUGUGGUUCCAAGUGCUCAAAAGAAAACUGCUCUAAAUCGACUAGUUAAGGAUAAUGUUGCACUAAUAGCAGUCCUGGAAGCAAAAUUCAGUUACCAGGGUGCUGAUAUUCCUGGGAAACGACAACUUCUUUGUGUGGCAAAUACACACAUAAAUGUUCAUCAAGAAUUGAAAGAUGUCAAGUUGUGGCAGGUUCAUACUCUCUUAAAAGGUUUGGAAAAAAUAGCUGCCAGUGCAGACAUUCCCAUGCUGGUUUGUGGCGAUUUUAAUUCAGUUCCUGGAAGUGCACCACAUGCACUUCUUGCGAUGGGGAAAGUGGAUCCAAUGCAUCCAGAUUUAGCAAUAGACCCUCUUGGAAUUUUGCGCCCUGCCAGCAAGCUAACACAUCAGCUGCCUCUGGUAAGUGCUUACUCAUCCUUUGCAAGAAUGGGGGUUGGCAUUGGUUUGGAGCAACAGAGGAGAAGGUUGGACCCCUCAACAAAUGAACCUUUAUUUACACAUUGCACUAGAGAUUUUAUUGGCACCCUUGAUUACAUAUUUUAUACAGCCGACUCUUUAACGGUGGAAUCAUUGUUGGAACUCUUGGAUGAGGAUAGCUUGAGAAAAGACACAGCACUUCCUUCUCCGGAGUGGUCCUCUGAUCAUAUUGCCCUUCUGGCUGAAUUUCGUUGCAAGCCUAGAACUAGGCGUUGACAUUCCAGAAGGUGCAGAAGAAGGUGCACGGAGAUGCAGCCCGCGUAAUGGCCUUUUGAAAAGAGCAAUCAAUGGGGGGAAGGAAGAAGGAAAUCUGGGUAAGCUUUUUUUAAACUCUGAUUUAUUUCCUUCUCUUAUUAGAACAAGUUCUCAUGAUACAGAUCAAAACACACAUGAUAGAUAUAUUGAGAUUGUUUGGUAGUUUCUUCACUGUGUUGGUGAAUCGUGAUUUUUAGUGCCAGAGUCCCAAGUGUUUGUUUCUAUAAACCGAAAGUUGCAUGCAGACAACUGGCAUGGCCCAUUGUGCAUUUCUGAUCUGUAGGCUUUGAAAUGUGAGGGACACAUGGAUGGUCUUUUAUUUUUUCUUUUAGUAUCCUUGUGAUGACUUUUGGUCUUGAUUUUUUAUUCUUUUCUUUUUAUCAUUUUUUUUCUCAUCGGCCAAACACGUAUAUGUCGUAUAUGAUACAUGAACCUACCAACUGACCGACCAACUGCGGUGAUAUUAGUUAAAAAGUGAAUGGGAAGUAAGUCAAUUCUAUUUC